AUGGGAAUUAUCCGGAAUGGUUGCUGUGCUAUAAAAUCAUUUAUUUCAGCAGUAAUUGAAUGGCGUUCUGCUGCUACAGCACCUUAUUUUAUGUUCAUCAAUAGCGCUUUUUGGUGGAGUGUCUUUUAUUUGGAUAAAGGAACACAACUACGUUUACUGGUCUCAUUUGCUGCGGGUAUCUUUAGCUGGGACAUUUUAUUAUCCUCAACUUAUGAUCGGAGUAUUUUGUUCCACAUCUUGACGUGGCCUAUACGAAGUGUGCUAAGAACAAUAAGCGUCGUGAUGGCUUUAUGCAGUGCGCAAUUCCUUUAUCGGAUCGAAUUUGAAAAAGCAUGUUGGACUGCAUAUAGCGCAGCAAUAUUAGAAAAAGUUAAAAAAGAAUUGCUGAGAAUGAAAGCUGCAGUAAGAAGUGCCUAUGUUGCAACAGUUACCAAGUUAUACGCUGGAAUGAAUGCAAUGCUAGACGCUACCAAUUCAAUCUUAUUCAAUAUUGAAAACUUCAUAUCACAUAUAGUUUAUGAAUUGAAGAAUGACACGGAUACUGAAUUAGCGGACUUAUUGCCACCUGGUUUCGCUAAUGGAGAAGAAUCCGAUAAUGACGAAACCUCCGACAAACCUUCGUUACCAAGUCGAUCACAUAGUCCUCUGACAGAAGAUGAACGCGAUUUCGUUCGUGGUUUGAAAUUCCCGAAUUUAGAUACUUCAGAUUCAAGUGAAGCUGAAUUCGCAUUGAAACCGAAGUCAAAGUCUCAGAAAGUAUUGAGAAAAAAGUCAAAGGCUCAUCCGAAAGAUCCGGCACCGUCGGCCUGCAAUGAUGAGUUAAUUUCAAAAGAACAGAAAGUAGGAAAGAAUAAACAGCGUUCGUCGUCAACCAGUAGUCAUUCCGAAAGCGUAAUUUCGUCGUCUGCUCAAAAUGCAUCGGAUGAUGCAGAACUUCAAAACUUAGAUGCAUUAGAUUUUGAAUCGGAUGAUCGAUCGCAAACAGAAUUUCUGGAAAAUACUGUGGAGAUUCAAAAACUGAAAGAUUCUAGAGAUAGAAGGUCAAAGAAUAGAAAGCAAAACACGAAUCAGGAGGAAGUAGAAGAAAUUGAAGUUUGUGGCACAGAACAAAUUAAUGUAAAUUCAGUAGCAUUCGUCGAUAGUUUGGAUGGUAGCUUCGAAGUGCUUGAUAAAUAA